GCCACGCACAGUACCACCACCGCCGCGCCAGGCGUCACGUCUCGCGCGCGCAGCUCCACCAAGAACGCACCAAACCCGUCGUAGGGGCCACGCCGAGGCCGAGAUGCGGUGGUGGCGCGGCCUCGCCGCCGCGGGCGCCAUGCUUGCCGCCCUCGCCGCCGCCGCGGGGCUACGGCCGACGGCCAAGGAGCGCGGCGGGUACCCGUCGGCCGCCGACGCCUAUAGCCGGCCGCCGCUGCGGUUCGGGUCGGGAGGGUUGUUCAAGGUGGCGCUCUUCGCGGACCUGCAUUACGGCGAGAACGCGUGGACGGACUGGGGCCCCGCGCAGGACGCCGGAUCCGACCGCGUCAUGGCCGCCGUCCUCGACGCCGAGAAGCCCGACUUCGUGGUGUACCUCGGCGAUCUCGUGACGGCGAACAAUCUCCCGAUCCCCAACGCGAGCCUGUACUGGGACAGGGCGGUUUCUGCGGCCAGAGGCAGGGGGGUCCCGUGGGCGGCCGUGUUCGGGAACCACGACGACAUGCCCUUCGAGUGGCCGCCCGAGUGGUUCUCCCCUGACGGCGUCCCACCGCUGCGCUGCCCACCGACGAGCAUGUCGGCUUCAGGUGUGGAUCAAGGAUGCAGCUUUCGAGGGACUCCGCGGAUUGACCUGAUCACAACAGAGAUCAGCAAGAACAGGCUGUCCUACUCAUCGAACGGCCCCAAGGACCUGUGGCCCGGCGUCUCCAACUACGUCUUGCAAGUGCUCUCACGCUCCCACGGCGAUCCGGCUCUGCUCAUGUAUUUCCUCGAUUCCGGCGGAGGAUCAUACACGGAGGUCUUAUCUAGUGCUCAGGUCAAGUGGUUUCAGAGCCAGUCUCAGUUCCUGAAUCCAAAUGGAAGGAUCCCUGAGCUGAUCUUUUGGCAUAUACCAAGCACAGCAUAUGUAAAGGUAGCUCCAAAGGCCAAUUCUGAAAUAAAGAAACCCUGUGUUGGCUCUAUCAACAAGGAGAAUGUAGCGCCACAAGCAGCUGAAUGGGGUAUGAUGGUUGCUCUUGCCAAGAGGCCGUCAGUUAAGGCAGUCUUUGUUGGGCACAACCACGGGCUGGACUGGUGCUGCCCGUACGAGAAGAUGUGGCUAUGUUUUUCACGGCACACCGGUUAUGGAGGUUACGGUAACUGGCCCAAGGGAGCAAGGAUCAUUCAGAUAACUGAGAGCCCAUUCUCGACUGUGUCCUGGAUACGGAUGGAGAACGGGACGAAGCACAGUGAUGUUACACUAAGCUCCUGAAUCUGCCUGAAUUUCAUGUACAGAGGAGAUUUCUCUUUUAAAAGAAAAAAAAAGAGAGAGAACCAGAGGACUGAGUGUUUAUUUUCUGUAAAUUACGAAGUGUGAGCCCUGAUUUUUUUUGGAUAAAAUGAUGGGGUUGUAUUUAUAUUUACUUGAAAUAAUGGUCAUAUAAUAAAUCAUCCGAGGGAUAUAGCUCA